AACGCUAGCUAAGUUAGCCUUGAACUGGUCUAGUAUAGUACAAAAAUCGCAUUACUGUUUUAUAUGUUUUCAUUAUUUACUACAUUUCCUAUUAACAGUCAGUAUUAUUCAAGCUUAAUGAUGAAUAAAUCCAAUUUUAGGUCAGGCAACAACUCAGAAGGACCUGAUAAAGUUGACAUGUCUCUGGAUGAUAUAAUCCGUUUAAAUAAGAAGCAGAGGCAGAGCCAGAAGGUUACACAGAGCAAACAGAGGCCCGGCACGAAAGGACGUUUGGCUCAAGGGAGACGAGCAGGACCGCAGCUGAACAGAGGAGCAGGCGUGAAUAAGACGUUCAGGCGGAAGGGGCAGGGUGUCAUCACCGGACUCGCUGCGAGGAAAGCGGCUCUGCUGAAAGGCGUCAGUCCAUUAAACCGACCCGUGCUGAACCGAAAAGGCUUGAACAAACGAGGAGCGAACCCAGCAGCAGCAGCCGCCGUCAGACGCCCGGUCAUCACUCAGAGAGCCCGGCCGUUUGUCCAGCGCAGACAGACGCUCACACAGGCACAGAGGCGACCGUACCCACAGACCGACGCUCGGAAAGCUCCGGGCCGAACCCCCGACAGACCCUUCAGGCUCCGCAGGAAAUGGAACGCUCCUCCAGCCAACCAGGCUCAGAGGGAAGCCCGCCAGGCCACGUUCCUCUCCAGAAGAGGCAUAAAGGUCCGUGCUCACGUGCAGAAGACCGUUCCAGCUCCUGCAGCACAGAGGACACAAAGGACCCGACCGUGGCGCACUCCUGUGAGCAGCAGUGGGAUCCUUACAGUGUCCAUAGACAACCCCAGUGCCAGGACUCAGCCUGAACCCGCCCACUCUUGGUCCCUCCACCCACCUGCUGCAGCAGCCCCGCCCCCUGCAAGCACAGCACCUGAGCCCGAGAGGAAACGGCCCAAAGGCGUGGCCUUACAGUUCGACAUCAACAGUGUCGGGAAGCAGCAGACGACCAUGACUCUGACCGAACGCUUCCGGAUCCUGAAGCAGAAGCGAGUGGCGACGGCGGCGGCUCAGCAGAACACCCGGGGCGGGCGCUUCGUCACCGUGGGCUAACGGUCGGAGACUCGCGUCGAGGUCACGUGACCCGUGUUUGUGAAAGACUUUCCUGCGCCGACGAGACUUUAACUUAUGGAACAACGGAUGAGACGGGGCGUGGCUCCGUACCUGUAGUCCACGUUUCCAUAUAUGGACGAAACUUCCCCCCCCCCCCCCCCCGAGGUUCGAGUGACGUGUUUUAAAUAUUUGUUUUUUUUUUAAUUAUUAUUUAUUUGAAUAAAAAAGCGUCUUCUGAUAA